CCGAUUCAGACUCAAACUCAGACACAUCGGAUAUUUUAAUAUGUGUAUACCCACACAACAAUAAAGCCGAGACCAUAUUUACAAAUUGAUUUUGCUAUUGCAUAUCAUAUCAUUAUCACCAAGGAUGCAUAUCGUGAGUGGCAAGAAUCUGAGCCGCGAAGAGUUAGAGGAAGUUAACAAAUGGAUGCAACAAAAUAGUAUUAGCACUCAAAGAUUGCGUCGCGAGUUUUCCGAUGUUUUGCCGCUGGCCGAAAUAUUCAAACGCGAUUAUCCGCGCUUGGUGGAUCUCUUCAAUUAUCCGAAGAAGAGUAGUGUUCAGCUGAAGUUGGCCAAUUGGGAGACAUUCAACUUUAAAGUGUUAUCCAAGUUAAAUAUGACGUUGACUAAAGAUUUUAUGGAGCAAAUGGCGAAUGGUGUUAGUGGUGCCGCCGAAGUCAUGUUGCAUGAAGUGAUACGAUUGGAGAAACGACAACGCCUUGCAGAACAACGAAAUGCGGCAUUGCGGCAGGAACAACUUUGGGAGGAAAAUGAUGAGAUAAAAACUGUUGUGGUUAACAAACAGAUCGGCGAUGGCAUAGUUCAGGUGCCGCAGAAAAUGAUCCUAUAUUCGCUGUACGAGAAAGUGGAACGUGAUAGUCAUGCAAAAGAUGUUAUUAUCGAUGCCUAUCAACAGCGAUUGACCCACAUGGAGAGUAUUAUUAAAUUGAAAACGGAACGGAUCGACGAACUUCUAAUGCAGAUGGGUAAACAACCUCAAAAGAGAGCUACUAGCAACGCAACCAAUUGUUUCUUUGCUUACGAUGGAAAGAACUCCCUAAUUCAGAAGCAUAUAAGUCCUACGCAAGCAUCAUCGCCUACCCAUCUGGAUGCGGACGGCUUUAACAUCUAAUGGCAAUCUCGGAAUUAGUAUUAAAAAGUUAAUUAUUGUUAGAUUGUGAAUCUAAAUUACCGAUUAUCGGUUAAAUAGAUUACGAUAUAGACACAGUCUUGGCAAUUC